AUGGCUGUCGCGGAUGCUGAAAACCCUCGGCUUGGAGAAACGACUUGUGGUUCUUUACUGCAGAAACUACAGGAAAUUUGGAAUGAAGUUGGCGAGAGUGAUGAAGAACGAGACAAAAUGCUUCUUCAAUUAGAGCAAGAGUGUCUAGAUGUAUACAAGAGGAAGGUCGAGCUGGCAGCAAAGUCAAGGGCACAGCUUCUUCAGGCAUUGUCUGAUGCCAAACUUGAACUUUCCAGUCUUGUAUCAGCUCUUGGAGAAAAAAGUUUUGUUGGAGUUCCCGAGAAGACUUCAGGAACAAUCAAGGAACAGCUUGCGGCUAUAGCACCAGUACUGGAGCAGCUGUGGAAACAGAAAGAGGACAGGGUGAAGGAGUUUUCUGAUGUACAGUCACAGAUACAAAAGAUUUGUGGAGAAAUUGCUGGGAACUUGAAUCUCAGUGAGAGUCCUGCUGUUGAUGAGUCUGAUCUAUCCCUGAAGAAAUUAGAUGAAUAUCAAUCCCAACUUCAUGAUCUUCAAAGGAAAAGAUUACACAAGGUGCUUGAAUUUGUGAGCACAGUGCAUGACCUUUGUGCUGUACUUGGGCUGGACUUCUUGAGUACUGUUACAGAGGUCCAUCCUAGCUUAAAUGACUCAACUGGUGUGCAAUCCAAAAGCAUUAGCAAUGAUACUUUAUCUAGGCUGGCUAAGACUGUCUUAGCACUAAAAGAAGAUAAGAAGCAGAGGCUGCAUAAGCUCCAAGAGUCAGCAACACAGCUACUUGAUCUGUGGAAUCUGAUGGAUACCCCUGAUGAGGAAAGGGGAUUCUUUGACCAUGUUACCUGUAACAUAUCAGCUUCAGUGGAUGAAGUGACUGUUCCUGGGGCUCUUGCCUGGGAUCUGAUUGAGCAGACUGAGGUCGAAGUUGAGCGGCUUGAUCAGCUGAAAUCAAGCAGGAUGAAGGAAAUUGCAUUCAAGAAGCAAUCAGAGCUUGAGGAGAUUUUCACUCGAGCUCACAUAGAAAUAGAUCCAGAAGCUGCGAGAGAAAAGAUUAUGGAACUGAUUGAUUCUGGGAAUGUUGAACCUACUGAAUUACUGGCUGACAUGGAUGAUCAGAUAGCGAAAGCGAGGGAUGAAGCUCUAAGCAGAAAGGAUAUAUUGGACAAAGUUGAGAAAUGGAUGUCAGCCUGCGAAGAAGAGAGUUGGCUUGAGGACUACAAUCGCGAUGAAAACAGGUAUAAUGCAAGUAGAGGUGCACACCUAAACCUCAAGCGUGCAGAGAAAGCACGUAUUCUGGUUAACAAAAUUCCAGCUCUUGUGGACACAUUGGUAGCCAAAACUCGUGGGUGGGAGGAAGAUCGUGGCAUAUCAUUUACUUAUGAUGGUGUUCCUCUCCUUGCUAUGCUAGAUGAAUAUGCCAUGCUUAGGCAAGACAGAGAAGAAGAGAAGCGGAGGAUGAGGGAUCAGAAGAAGUAUCAAGAGCUACAACACACAGAACAAGAAACCAUAUUUGGCUCAAAGCCUAGCCCUGCUCGACCAGUUGGCACAAAGAAGGUAGUAGGUCCUCGUGCGAAUGGAGGUCCAAAUGGAACUCCUAGCAGACGGCUAUCACUCAAUGCUCAUCAAAAUGGAAGCAGGUCUGUAACAAAAGAUGUGAAGAAGGAUCUUAGGCCCGUUGCUCCUAUGAACUAUGUUGAGAUAGCAAAAGAGGAUGCUGCGUCCCACAUUUCUGGCACUGAUACACUUCCGGUGUCACCAUAA